AUGCAGUUGUUCACUAUUCUUUUGGCUUCUGCCUCUGUGGUUCACGCCCACUACAACUUCAACGCCCUGAUUUAUGCUGGCAGCACUCAAGCGACUUGGCAGCAAGUGAGAAAGCGAUCCGACUCGGACAGCCAUGGACCGAUACUAGAUGUUUCAUUGCUGGAUAUUCGAUGUGGAAAGGAUGCAUCCACCGCAUUUGCUCCAGGCAUCUUGACAGUGGCAGCAGGAGACUCCCUGGGCUUUGCUGUUGACCCAGAUAUUCAGCAUCCUGGUCCAGCUAUGGGCUACUUGGCUAAAGUUCCAGCUGGCAAGACUGCUGCGAACUGGGAUGGGGCCGGUGCUGUCUGGUUCAAGGUUUGGGAACAAGGCCCUACCGCGCUCAACUCGAACGGAGGACGAAUAGGUCUGAAGGCUCUCAACUUUACGAUCCCAAAAGCUACACCAUCCGGUGAUUAUAUUGCACGAAUUGAGCAUAUCGGUCUUCACGCUGCUAGUCAGAAGAAUGGUGCACAAUUUUACCUUUCUUGCUCACAGGUUACGGUUACAGGCGGCGGUAGUGGAACCCCAAGCCCAUUGGUUUCGUUCCCUGGAGCCUAUUCAGCAACUGACCCUGGAAUUCUGAUCCAAAUCUACUACCCUGUGCCAACUACCUACACCAUUCCUGGGCCAAAGGUCUGGACUGGAUAG